AUGGAGACCAUUAAGCAGGCGAAAAUUGAGGCCAUUAGAAAUAAGAAGAAGUUGACGGGGAAGGAUGGCAAGGAAAAGAAUCAAGAUUAUCUUCCAUACACAUACCUAAUGAGCGAGUCUGUGGAUAUGUGGACCCAGUCACAUGAUGGUGGGAGACGUUUUGGGGCAAUGACAACCAAUAUAUCAGAAUGCUUCAAUGGUGUAUUGAAAGGUGCACGGGGCCUUCCUAUUGCCGCGUUGGUUGAGUUCACUUGGAACAAACUUGUCAGUUAUUUCCACGACCGUCGCAAAGAAUACCUUUUUGAGUUAUCAGAGGGUAAGAAAUGGAGUAAAUAUGCCUUCUCCAAGUGGGAUGAGAAUAAGAGUAAAUCUGAGAAACAUUAUCUCAAGCCAUUUAACAAUGAAGAGCUGAUAUUUCAAAUAGUUACCCAACUCAACACGUGUAGUGCAGGAGGGGGAAACCACAGUUAUGAAGUUCGGUUACUGGAAAGAACAUGCAGUUGUGGGAAAUGGCAAAACAUAGGGAUCCCGUGUUCACAUGCAAUCAGAGUAUGUGACUAUUUAAAUAUUGAUUCGACCACAUAUAUUCACCCGUGUUAUGGUUUGAACAAUGCCAUUAACACUUAUGAGCAUGCAUUUGUGGUUCCUAAGUCUCCGGCCUUGUGGAGGGAUCCCAUAGGGCCAAAGUGGUUGCCUAAUCUAGCAUUGUUGCGGGCCAAAGGUCGACCAGUGAAGUCGAGAAUAAGGAAUGAGAUGGAUGGAGUGAGGAAUAAGGAUCGAGAACCGAGAUGGCGGAGGGAGGAUGCAGAUUUGAUAGAGAGUUAG